UCCGGUAGAGUUUUUGUUUUUCAAGAUGUCCUGGACUGGAGUCUUCAUCUUCUCUUUGUUCACCAUCUUUCUCAUUUUCACCUUUUCCAGUGUGGUGGAAAGCGCAGCAGUAUGGGAUGACUCAAAAUCACCCAUUCCUAAUGCACAGCAAGUGUUCAUCCCCGAGUCAGAUGCCUCAAACGUUUUCAAACGCCGCAGUCGCCGGACAGUCCAAUACUAUGAGAUCCAAGCUGAGCAGAGGGUUAAGAUUUCUGCAAGCGAGUGGAGAAGGGAGUACAAUGAAGAACAAAGGAAUGAGUAUGAAAACUACGUUGAAGAGGAUCGUGAUGAGCAAAAUGAGAGAUUGAGGGAGACGACUGAGCAGUUGCGAGAGUAUCACUACGAUGGCCUUUAUCCACGCUACCACUGGUUUCAUUGAGUUUGCAGGCUACAUUGCCUCUCAUUGCAGCAGUAAUACUACCAGUCAUCUUUAUAUUGUACCAAAGGUGAUUCCUGACAUUUUGAGAGCAGGUGCUGAAAAUAUUUCUAUAUUGUUCCUACUUUAUUAUUUUCAAGAUCAAAUGUUCCUUUAUACAUCCUAAACCAUGCAGUAUGUGCCCAUGUCAAACUGUAAAAUGUGUUCAAAGUACAAUUUUUGUAUUGUAAACUAAACUCUAUAUUAAAUUGAGUCUCUUU